UCACAUAACACCGGCCUUAUUGAUGACCGUCGCUACAAUAGAGGAAACAGCAUACAGCAGUCUUAAAUUUGGGGGUUGACAAAGGAGGCCCACUGGACAAAGUCAUAGCUUAAGACGAAUACGUAUUUGAGUAGCAAGAGACCCACGGUGGAGUAAACGAGAAUAACUACUUUGAGUUAAUAUUGCCAAGGAAAAUGACCGACCCCGAUGGUGAAAAUGAAAAGAUGAUACAGUGGGCACGGAAUAUGCCUCUGCAAAACCUUAUUGACAAAGUCUGUGAAACAGGUGCCGACACCACCAAGGAACAGUUUGAACGUAUCCAACAGUAUGUCAUUGGGGAUCAUGGCCGCCCUGCUGAUGAAGUGACCCAAUAUACUAAGCCCCUUCAUUUCUUCGCGUACCUCAUGGAGAAGAAGUUAAUCUCCUUCACAAACCUGGCUCUUUUUCAAGCAAUCUUCAUACGAAUUGGAAGACAGGAUCUUUGUGAUAUUGUUUUAGAAUUUGCCCGAGAACAUUCAAAUGACGCCCUGUAUCUUGAAGUUCACGACACUGAUCAAGGAGGUAAUACGCAGUUCAAUGUACACGUGCGGGACACCCUCCGUGAAACAGGAGACGUGGAAAUACUUGUUAGGAGCUUGGCCAAUUGUCUUGAUAUUCCUCCUGAAUAUAUCCGAGUUGUGGGCACCGAGGCAACAAACAGCUUCAAGUUAACGCUGUUCAUUCCAGCCAAGUACAAGGGUAGCCUAUUGGACAUGGACAAGCUCAACGGUCUCAUCAAGUACAACAUUGACGAAGUGGAAGUGGAUGGGAAGACUAUCAAGCUUAGCCUAGAAGAUGAAAAUUAGAAUAAAUACAGCAAUAUGCACUUUAUGGUAAGGCCAAACUAAAUGCAAGCCUUCCUACAUGUUUGCGGGUACAUUGCACUGUUGUUUUUGUCGAGUGAAGAGGUGAACUAAAAGGAACCGUCUAUUUUUAUUUAAUAAAGUUUUGGGCAGGAUGUCAGACACUGGUGAUAUUGUGAAUCAUGUUUUAGAAUGGACUUCUUCGUCUGUGUUUUCUAUUUAAUUUUCCGUUGCGUUUUUCAUAGUACUUUCUAUACAAUUUCUUUAACUGUGGGAAACAGUGUAGCUUCUGGUGUGUGAUCAGGUGGAGAGGAAGGAUGCAGUGAUCUAUCAAAUAGUUUGUUAUAUUUAUCAUUAUGUGAUAUAUAUAUAUAUAGUGUAACGCCCAAUACCUGCAUUGUUAUUUGUGAACAGAGCAUUAUUUCUUAUUGUGACAAAAUGGACAAAUAGCAUAUGAACAUUUAACUUUUAAUCAUCUCGGUCUCCUGUAGCUCCUUAUGGAGUGGCCCCUCUGUUUUGCAGAUAUUGUCUUCCAUGUUUAUUGUAAUAAGGAUAGGAGACUUAAAUAAACAAUAUGUCUGUCUUUUAACUGAAGGAAGACGAAUGAUUGGUCCUACAAAAGAUCACUACCUUGGGCCUUGACAUGAAAUCAUUUCCGAGGAAUGUUAAACAGUUUUGUUGGUUUUGCCUUAAUGGUCAGUCACCAUUUUGGUCUUCACGGGCUCCCACUUAUAUUAGAUGUAUUAUGUCACUCUAUUUUAUAUUGGAUGUAUGUCACUUCUAUCUAUAUGUGUUUUGUGCCCACAGUAUUCUGUUUUUCACAUAUGUUACUUUAGAUUUGAUCUGUUUUGUUAAAAACUGUGUACUUGGAGCUGGAAAUAUAGUCUUCCGAGAUCUGCUCCCUGUAAACACACUAUGUGACGAAACACACAUAUUUCCCCCUGCCUCCACCGCAGCUUAAUUUCAAGCCAUGUACUCAGUAACUCAGGUUUUAUAUUUUAAAGUCAAAGGUCACAAUAUUGUUUAAAUAAACAUAUUUGUUGUUAUCUAUGCAUGUGAACAUAUUUCGAAAAGUUAAUCUCUAAUCAUGACAAAAUAAUGACGUCUUUUAUGGUCCGCAUUCUUUUUUCAAAUUUUUAUUACGUACACAAAGGUUGUCAAUGUCAUCAUCUACCAAUUACCUGCAUGGUAGUUUAGUUGUGGUUGUGGACCUACCAUUUAAUUAAUUUUUAUGCUGUUUUUAAAAAAAAUCUAUCAUAAACUCUCAAAGAAAAAGAAAAUAAAGUGUAAUCAGCAAAAUAAUAUCGCUUUUGUUUAUGUACAUGCAGGUAGCAGAAUUGAAAUUGUGUCUGCGUUCUGCACUGAACGCCCUUGAUAAGCAUGGCAGUGUGAUGAUGUAGAUAUGAUAUCACAUCUGUUUGUGGCGAUUACACACAUAUACCUUACGCUGAGGAACACGCCAUUAGCUGACGGAGUAAUCACGUCUCUGUGUAUCUGUAGUCCCGCAACAAUGUCCAUUCCCAACUCAUUGUGGGAUAGUUAAGCCUAACGAGAUAGGUAUAGCGUAUGUUAAAAUCGGUAAUGGGAACAUUUAAAAUGUCUGACAUAGGUAGCUGAGAAGAAUCGAGUAAUAAAAGCACAUUGUUCUUUCAAGAUUUGUAGAGUGACACUUGUGGAUGUGCAAAUGACAACAUUUACGAUACAAUUAGAGGGGGUUCAUGUGGUGCUAUAUAUAAUCACAGAUAUGCGAAAUUAUAUCAUUAUUUCUUUCACAUCUCGGAAUGCCGAGAUACGUCUUUGUCUCUAAUCGUAAAUCUUUUGAUAAGCUGCAUAGAAAAUUCAAACGCUCCUUUCAGUUAAACGUCAGCAGCGACUGUUGCAUAAAUACAAAGAUAGUAAUAGCAGAGAUUUUUGGAAACUUAUUGGUAAGAUUGGCUUAGCUUCCGAUCGGGAUUCUGUCAUUCCAUGGGAGAUAAUCCAGGGAGACACGGUUGUCACCGAUAAGCCGCGGGUUUUAGAUGCAUGGAAAUGUGAGUAAACCUCGUUGUUUAACGCUGAUCCAGUGGGUGUAUUUGAUGAAUCUUUCUAUGAUCAGAUCAAGGACGAGUUAAGCAACAUGGUUGUUGACCCCCCUCAGGUAGAUGUAGAUGUAAACAGUCUGCAGGCCCCUAUAUCACGCGAUGAGGUAGUACGCUCUGUUAGCCGCUCUAAGUGUGGUAAGGCCGUAGGCUGUGACCAUAUACCUGCAGAGGCACUUAAGAAUGAGACUUGUGUUGACAUUCUGCACCGGAUAUUUACUUACUGCUUGGAGAAUAAUGUUUGUCCAGAUAUUUGGCAUGAAAGUAUAAUAACGCCUAUUAAGAAACCGGGUAGUGACCCCAGAGAUCCCCUUGGCUAUCGUGGUAUAUCACUACUUUCCAUUCCCUGUAAGAUAUAUUCAGAUAUACUAAACUCUCGUUUCACAAGUUGGCUAGAAGAUAAUGACAUAUUGGCUGAGGAGCAAAAUGGAUUUCGAAGUAAGCGUAACACUAUUGAGCACAUAUACACUUUGUUUUCAGUAAUUAAUAACAGGAAAUCUUCAAAGUCCUCUACAUUUGUCUGUUAUAUUGAUGCCAUGAAGGCCUUUGACCGUGUUGAUCGAGACUGCUUAUGGUACAAACUGAUGAAGUUAGGAAUUAAUGGUAAAUUUUAUUCUGCUGUAAAGUCUUUAUAUGACAACAGUGUAUCCCGUGUAUCGGUAAAUGAUCGGCUUACUGAAGGGUUUGAUAUACAGAGCGGUGUCAGGCAGGGAUGUGUCUUGUCCCCAUCACUAUUCUCAGUAUUCAUUAAUGACCUGGCCCAUGAGAUAAACAAUCUAAA